AUGAGGAGACAUGUGUUCAACCGUAUUCGGAAGGGAGCGGUAGGAUAUGAACCAUACUUUGAGUUUAACGAGGAUGCCCUUGGCAAGCUUGGCUUCUCUUCUUACCAGAAAUGCACUCCAGCUAUUCGCAUGCUUGCAUAUGGAAUUCCUGGCGAUCUUGUGGAUGAGUAUGUGCAUAUGAGUGAGUCCACAUGUAUCCUCUCAAUGUACAAUUUCUGCAAGGACGUGGUGGCAGCGUUCGGCCCUGAGUACCUGAGAGAGCCAAAUGCCGUCGAUACAGAGAGCUUGUUGGCAAUAAAUGCCGAUAUGGGCUUUCCGGGCAUGCUUGGUAGUAUAGAUUGUAUGCACUGGAAGUGGAAGAACUGUCCAUUUGUUUGGCAGGGGCAGUACAAGGGGCAUGUGAAAGUGUUUGCAAGGCUUGCAGAAGGUCACUUCCUAGAGGUCAACUUUGAGAUCAAUGGCCACCAUUACAACAAGGGAUAUUACCUAGCUGAUGGUAUCUAUUCUCAGUGGUCAACUCUUGUGAAGACCAUACCCCCGCAAGGAGAGAAGAGGCAGAGAUUUGCCCAAAUCCAGGAGAAUGAUAGGAAGGAUGUGGAGCGUGCUUUUGGUGUGCUUCAAUCUCGUUGGGGUAUCGUUUAA